AUGUCCCAGGCUCACAAAGAUGCGAUCCUGACAAUCGCGAAACCAACGACGAAAGUGCAACUUCAACGUUUCCUUGGGAGUGUUGAGUGGUCGAAUCGGUACUUCCCGCAUCUUGCCAAGAUAGUUGCGCCCCUGACCAACUUAGUUGGAGAUGCACCGUGGACUUGGUCCGCGGCGCAAGACAUCGCUUUCGAGGAAACAAAGAAGGUGAUCGAUGAUGCCCGACAGCUGACGGUUAUUAGUCAAGAAGAACUUGCACCGAGAGACACGGACCUGAUUCAUUGGUCUGCGCCACCUACGGAGCCAGUGACGAACCCGUCCCUGGGCAAAUACAUUUUCUUACAAUGCGACACGUCUGCUUGUGUGACUUACGGUGAAAACUGGUGGAACGCUCUCCCGGUUUACCAUCAUUCGAGAAAAUUGACAAACACACAGUUGAGCUAUCCAACGCACAAGAUUGAACUCCUUGCGAUCUUCGAAGGUUUUCAGAAGUUUCACAAUAUCUGAAAGGCACGAGAUCGCUCUCGAGCCUCACUGAUUCCGAGUCCAAACAGAAAGGAUCAAACAGUGUAAUUCGCAGGCGAAGAAAGACUACUAA